AUGUCUGUGGAAAAGAUGACAAAAGUAGAAGAGGUAUGCAGAAUUAGCAUGGGGAAAAAAAAAACCUGGGGCAUGUGGUAAAAUUCACAUACUCACUGUCUGUGGCAGAUGACAUUGAGCCAAAGGAGAAACCCAUAUGCCACCCUAAGGAUGCAGGACACUACGGUACAGCAAUUGGCACUGGCUAACAAGCAACUACUGAUGGUCCGUCAAGCUGCCCUACACCAGCUGUUUGAUAAGGAGCAUCAGCAGUACCAACAAGAACUAAAUCAGAUGGGCAAAGCUUUUUAUGUGGAGAGACUCUGA